AUGGCGUCCGAAAAUUCCAAACCAGAAACCGCGCUAGAGAGUUCAAAGGUAGAAACAAUAACCAAAGCUGUAGAUUCUCUUCUGAAAUGGCACAAAUCUCGUUUAGAAACCGAAAAACCCAAACUCUUCGAAGAAGAAGACUUCGUCUACCUGGUCUUAACCCUGAAGAAGAUUCCCAGCAACGGCCGCGUUAACCCUCACAAGAUCCCCAUCCCUCACUCCCUCCUCUCGCCGUCAUCGGAACAAUGUCUCAUCAUCGACGACCGAGCGAACAAGCCCGGUCGUCUCACUAAAGAUGAGGCUAAGAAGAAGAUUCAGUCGGAGUCGAUUCCUGUUUCGAAGAUUCUCAAGCUAUCGAAGCUGACUACGGAUUAUCGCCCGUUCGAGGCGAAGCGGAAGUUGUGUAAUUCUUAUGAUUUGUUUUUUGCUGAUAAGAGUGUUGUGCCGUUGUUGCCGAGGUUGCUUGGGAAGCAGUUUUUUAAGAAGAGGAAGGUUCCUGUGCAGGUUGAUUUGAAGAAGAGGAACUGGAAGGAGCAGAUUGAGAAGGCUUUAUCUUCUGCGCUGUUGUUUUUGAGGACUGGGACUUGUAGUGUUUUGAAGGUUGCGAAGAUGAGUAUGGAGAGGGAUGAGAUUGUGGAGAAUGUGGUUGCGGCUAUGGAGGGGGUUGUUGGGGUUUUUCCGAAGAAAUGGGGGGUUGUUAGGUCUUUUCAUGUUAAGUUGUUGGAGUCUGUUGCGUUGCCGGUUUAUCAGGCAGUGCCGGAUGUUAGGUUGAAGAUUGAGGGGGUUAGGGAUUUGGAGGCUGCUUUGGAGAAGGAUGAGAAGAAGGUUCGUGAUGGGAAAGACGGGAAGAAGGGGAAGAAGGGGAGGAUUCAUGAGAUUAAGUAUAUGGAUGAUAGAAUGAGUGAGGAUGGUGAUGUUCGUAGUGAUCUUGAUGUUGCUGUUGAUGAUAUUGAUAUUGAUAUUGAUGAUGAUGCUGUUGGUGGUGGUGAUAAGGUAGAUGAUGAUCACGAAAACAGUGAAAUUGAGAGUGGAGGGAUUGGGAGUAAGAAGAGGAAGAAAGGAGUUAAAGGGAAGAAAGAGGCUUUGAGUGAGACGGGAGGUGUGAAAUCGUCCAAGGCUUCUGCUAAGAGGAAGAAGAAAGAUGUGUUGGAGACUGUGAAUGCUGCAGAAGAAAGUUCCAUCAAGAAGGGCAGUGAAAAGAGAAAGAAAUUGUCUGCGAAAGAUGAGGGUUCGGACAAGAAGAAGAAAAGAGGGUCGGUUGAGAAAGCGGCUACUGAAGAUUUGGUCAAGAAGAGUGAGGAUAAGGUAUCGACAGAGGAUGUGGGUUCAAACAAGAAGAAGAAAAAGGGGUCGGCUGUAUCGACCGAGGAUGUGGGUUCGGACAAGAAGAAGAAAAAGGGGUUGGCUGUGAAAGCUGCUACUGAAGAUUUGAUCAAGAAGAGUGAGGAUAAAGUAUUGACGGAGGAUGCGGCUUCGAACAAGAAGAUGAAAAAGGGGUCGGCUGUGAAAGCUGCUACUGAAGAUUUGAUCAAGAAGAGUGAGGAUAAAGUAUCGACCGGGGAUGCGGGUUUGGACAAGAAGAAAAGAGGGUCGGCUAUGAAAGCUGCCACCGAAGAAUUGAUCAAGAAGAGCAAGGAUAAAUUAUUCAUUGAUGAUGCUGGUUCGGCCAAGAAAAAGAGAGCUGAUGUGAAGGUAAAAGAUAGGAAAAGUAAGAAAGCUGUUUGA